AUGGGAGAACUCCAGGAGCGGAAGCCACCUGCGUGUACAGCCGCGCGGCCGCGCGUGCUGCUCCUGUGCAGCCCGUGCAUGGGUCACCUCAUCCCCUUCGCCGAGCUCGCGCGCCGCCUCGUGGCCGACCACGGCCUCGCCGCCACGCUCCUCUUCGCCUCGGCUACAUCCGCGCCCUCGGAGCAGUAUCUCGCCGUGGCCGCCGCCGUUCCCGACGCCAUCGACCUCGUCGCGCUGCCGGCACCGCCGCCAGUUGCUGUGCUGCCUCCCUCCGCGCCCACGCGCGAGCGCGUCGAACUUGCCGUCGUCUCCAACGUGCCACGCAUCCGGGAGAUCGCGCGGGAGCUGGGCGCGGCCGCGCCGCUCGUCGCGCUCGUGGUGGACAUGGUCGGCGUGGUGGCGCGCGACGUCGCGGCGGAGCUGGGCGUCCCGCUCUACAUGUUCUUCACGUCCCCGUGGAUGACGCUUUCCCUGCUCCUGCACCUCCCCGAGAUGGAUGCCACUCGCGCCGGGGAGCACCGGGACGCCACGGAGCCGAUCCGCCUCCCCGGCUGCGUGCCCAUCCAUGCUCAUGACCUGCCGACGUCCAUGCUCGCCGACCGGAGCAGCAACACGUACGCCGGAUUCUUGUCCAUGGCCAAGGAUGCCGCAAGAGUCGAUGGCAUUCUUGUGAACACGUUCGAUGAACUUGAGCCCGCGGUGGGCGAGGGUCUGGACGGUCUGCAGCUGCAGCUGCCUGUCCACACGGUUGGGCCAUUGGUUUGGACCAGACCGGCCGGCGUGGACAUGGACCACAGGUGCAUGAGCUGGCUAGACCAGCAGCCACGUGGCUCCGUGGUGUAUGUAUCAUUUGGCAGUGGUGGCACGCUGACAUGGCAGCAGACGGCUGAGCUGGCGCUUGGGCUGGAGCUUAGUCAGUGUAGAUUCAUUUGGGUUGUCAAGAGACCACACCAAAGUUCAACAAUUGGAGCAUUCUUCGGGACUCAAAAAGGUGAUGAGCACAUUCCCUUGGAUUUCUUACCUGAGGGUUUCAUGGAGAGGACUAGAGGGAUGGGGAUAGUGACCCAGUCUUGGGCGCCACAGACAGCCAUACUUGGCCAUCCUUCCAUUGGGUGCUUCGUCACGCAUUGCGGGUGGAACUCAGUGCUGGAGAGUGUAAUGAACGGCGUUCCUAUGGUUGCUUGGCCACUUUACGCUGAGCAAAACAUGAAUGCUGCGAUGAUGGAGGUCCAGGUUGGUGUGGCCGUCCGGGCAAAGGUCGGAGCUGAUCGAUUUAUAAGGAAGGAGGAAGUUGCGAAUGGGAUUCGGCGUGCGAUGGUAGGGGAGGAAGCUGAAAGAUUGAGGAAGCGAUCAAGUGAGCUUAGAGGCCAAUCAGCGCAUGCUUUGAGCAAGGAUGGUUGUUCUACUCGUGUUCUGGCACAAAUUGCAAAUACAUGGAAAUGCGCUAGUAGGAAAUGA